ACAGUUAAACUUGCUCCCCCUUCGUCAAUUGACUCUUUUUUGCUCACCACGCGCGAGUGGAGCAACGCUCUACCUGACAGCUGUCACCUGUUGACCGGGAUAUAAAACUACUGACUCGUCGAUUAACAUUCGCAAAAGAAACCCCUAUAAGAAUCUUUAAGCACGAACCAUAUCAUUUAUCCGAAGCGAUUUAAUUUUCCUUUUCGGCAGGUGUAGGUCUUCUGUGAGCGGACGUAUCACGGGACUGUUACAUUUUCAGGGGAAAUAUGAACAAGUGGAUAUUACUAUUAUCUGUGUGUCUGCACGUUGGCUCAGCAACAUUCGACCUACCAUCAUUUUCAUAUGAAGAGCACUCAUUCCUAGACCCUGAGGAUGUUCUGAGUGUCAGCAUCCCUCUGGAACGCCCACAGCGCCCUCUACUGGGCAGCACCUUGGUGCUUCCCUGCUACUUCCAGGACCACACGGUCAAUGACCCGGGAGCCCCCACCAUAGCCCCCCUCUCCCACCGCAUAAAAUGGAGCCACGUCACCAAAGACAAGGUGUCAGUCAUCCUGGUCGCUAUGGAAGGAAAAAUACAGGUAGAGGACAAGUACCUGGACAGGGUUCACAUGGUGGGAUACCCAAUGACCCCCACAGACGCUAGCAUUAAGAUCACAGAGCUGCACUCCAAUGAUUCGGGCGCCUACCGCUGUGAGGUCCAGCAUGGCAUCGAGGACAGCCAUGACACAGUCCAAGUUCAGGUCCAAGGCAUUGUGUUCCACUAUCGUGCUAUCACUACCCGCUACUCUCUGACCUUUGAGAAGGCGAAGGCAGCAUGUAUUCAGAACAGUGCUGUCAUUGCCUCCCCUGAACAGCUGCAGGCUGCCUACGAUGAUGGCUUUCACCAGUGUGAUGCAGGCUGGCUCUCUGACCAGACUGUCAGGUACCCCAUCCAUGACCCUCGACGGAACUGCUACGGUGAUAAAGAGGAGUUACCGGGGGUGAGGACCUACGGAGUAAGAGAUGUCAACGAGACCUAUGACGUGUACUGUUUCGCUGAGAAGAUGACAGGCAGGGUGUUCUACUCUGGGUCUGUGGCUAAAUUCACCUACGCUGAGGCUGAGGAGCAGUGUUCAAAUCUGGAUGCCCAGUUGGCCACGACCGGCCAGCUCUACCUGGCAUGGCAGGCUGGUUUGGAUGUCUGCAACGCAGGCUGGCUGGGGGACAGAAGCGUCCGCUACCCUAUCAACAUCGCCCGGGCGCAGUGCGGAGGCGGACUGCUGGGCGUGAGGACCGUGUACCUGCAUUCCAACCAGACAGGAUACCCCAAGCCAGAGUCUCGAUAUGAUGCCUUCUGCUUCACAGAAUCCCCAGAUGAGGACAGCUCAGGAAGUGGCAUGCUGACUGUCACCACGGUAACCGAGAGCCCCGGGGUGUUCCUCAAGAAGACCACCACUGAAAGCGAGGCACUGGGAGAACUGGUCACUCAGAGGCCCACUAGUCCCGACUUCGCCUACACCACUGAGCUGCCCCUGCCGGAGCCCCCCAGCGUCACAGAGGUCAUCUCUGAGGAGGUGGAGAGAGCCACUGCCAGGCCAGACGUCGGGGCAGAGAUCUGCAGAGAGAAUGGGCCGUGCUAUGUGCUGCCCCCUACAGGUGUGGUGUUCCUCUACCGCGCUGCCUCCAAACGCUACUCCUUCACCUUUGUGGAGGCCCAGCGGGCGUGUCAGAGUGUCGGAGCCUCCAUCGCAACCCCAGAGCAGCUGCAGGCAGCCUACCAGGCAGGGUACCACCAGUGUGAUGCUGGUUGGCUGCUGGAUCAGACUGUCAGGUAUCCCAUCGUGUCUCCGAGGGAGAAGUGUGCUGGAGACCUGGAGCACCUGCCGGGCGUGAGGUCUUAUGGCCUGAGGCCCGCAGAUGAGCGAUACGAUGCGUACUGCUACAUCGAUAAGCUCAAGGGUGAGGUGUUCCAUGCAGGGUCUGGUGAUGGUUUUACCUACGACGAGGCCCUGGCCCACUGCCAGGAGCAGAACGCCUCUCUGGCCUCCACUGGAGAGCUCUACGCUGCCUGGAGGCUGGGCUUCGACAAGUGCCGUGCUGGCUGGCUCCUGGACCAUAGCGUCCGCUACUCCAUCAAUAAGCCCCGGGCCCAGUGUGGUGCAGGGAGGGCUGGGGUACACACAGUCUAUGCCCAUCCCAACCAGACUGCCUACCCAGCUCUGGAUGCCAGAUAUGAUGCCUACUGUUUCAGAGUGGACAUCUUACUUCUGGCCAAUGAAACUGGAAUGAACAUCACAGAAAUAGAAGAAGCUCUGAUUAACCGUACAUCAACAACUGAUUUACUGAGACCAGUCCUCCCCUCCAUCGCUCCUCCCAUCUCUGUAGAGCAGUUCGGUUCUGGUUCUGGGGCAUCUGGUGCCAGUGGAUCUUCAGGCGAUCAUUCUGGAGAUUUAUCAGGGGACCAUUCUGGUGUUCUGACCGGGUCUGGAGACAUGUCCGGUUCUGGUGACUCCUCUGGCAGUGGGAGGUCUGACAUUCCCAGUGGAGCGUCUGGCCUGACCAGCGGAGAGCUGUCUGGUUCCGGGCUCAGCGGAGAGCUGUCUGGUUCCGGGCUCAGCGGAGAGCUGUCUGGUUCAGGGCUCACCGGAGAGCUGUCUGGUUCCGGGCUCAGCGGAGAGCUGUCUGGUUCCGGGCUCAGCGGAGACGGUUCUGUGAUAGACGUGGUUCUCUCAGGAGGCGGUGCUGUCCUGUCUGGGGAGGGCUCUGGAUCUGCUGGCCCUCAGGAGGCAGGGGAAGGAAGCACUGGGAUCCUGACCUUCCCCUCUGGGAUAGGCUCAGGGAUGAUCAGUGGCAGUGGUUACCUGUGGGGAUCCGGCAGUGGCUCUGGCCUCAUCUCAGGCAGCUCAGGGGAGUUUUCCGGAAUGUCUUCUGGAUCCGGCUCAAGUGCCAUUGCGGAGUUUUCUGGAUACAGUGGUUUUCCAUCUGGGGUCUAUCCCUCAGGAACCAGUGGCUUGUCCGGGGAUGAAUCAGGCAGUGGAGAUACUGUGAUCAUGCUGAUCGAUGGUCAACUGUUGGAGGUGUCCACCUCACAAACUGGCAGGGAGAAGGAGCUAGGGAAGGGCGGCCUGGAGUUCAGCGGCUCUGGGGACAGCUCUGGGGACAUCUCGGGGUCCGGCGGGAUGGCGAGCGCUGACCUCAGUGGCUCAUCCUCCGGGAGUGGCUCAGGGUUCUUCUCAGGGGUGACCUUCUUGGGGUCAGGGUUCACCGACCUCACAGGGUCAUCCUCAGGAGAGCAGGAGGCAUCUGGGUUCUUACAUUAUGGUUCUGGAGGAGGGAGUGGAGGGUCUGGGUCUGGAGCUUCAGGCCUCCCCUCCGGGGCCGCAUCAGGGAUCUUUGGAUCUGGCUCCUCUGCCAGCGGAGAGGAAGAAAUCAUUAUCUUCACAACCGGUGAUGUCCUGACUGAGGUGUCCACCAGGACAUCGGUCUCCAUGGAGCUGGGGAAGGGGCCCGUGGAAAUCAGUGGGGAGGGAAGCACCAGCAACAACUUUCAUUCAGGCAGCGGGGAGACCUACCCAACCCCAGCCAGCGGAGUCUACUCUGGGGCUCACUCUGGAGACAUCCCCCUGGUGACGCUGUCCUCCACUUCCGAUGACAAGGCACUGACUGGGGGCACAGUAGGACCAGAAGAGGCCUUGGCUGGAGCUGAGCUGGUGGAGAACUAUGGGCAGGUCUAUGUGACCUUCAGCCCUGUCCUGGCUCCUGCAGGUCUAGCUGCUGCUGCCACGACAGCCUCUGCUGUCUCCUUGCCGACUCCUGCUGUGAUGGAAGAACCCGCGUCAGUCCUGGUUGAUCCAAACCCAUGUGACCCCAACCCGUGUGGUGCUGGGUCAUGCUCAGUACAGGAUGGGGUGGGUCUGUGCCACUGUCCUCCUGGGCUGGGAGGAGUGGGGUGCCAGUAUGAGGUUGAUGUGUGCCAUUCCAACCCUUGCGACAAUGGAGCAACCUGUGUGGAAAUUGUGGACUCUUACAAAUGCUUAUGCCUGCCCAGCUACGGAGGGGACCGCUGUGAGAUCGAUGAGCAGCACUGUGAGGAGGGAUGGACUAAGUUUCAGGGGAACUGUUACCUGCACUUCUCUGAGAGGGAGACCUGGCCAGAGGCAGAACAGCGAUGCAGGGACCUCAAUGCACACCUGGUCAGCAUCAUCACCCCUGAGGAACAGCACUUUGUCAACUCUAAUGCUCAGGACUACCAGUGGAUCGGCCUGAAUGACAUGACAAUGGAGAAUGAUUUCCGCUGGACAGAUGGAACCCCUCUGCAAUAUGAGAACUGGAGGCCGAACCAGCCUGACAACUACUUCAACUCUGGAGAGGACUGUGUUGUGAUGAUAUGGCAUGAGAACGGCCAGUGGAAUGAUGUCCCCUGCAACUACCACUUGCCCUUCACCUGCAAGGCUGGCCCAGUGUCAUGUGGGUCUCCGCCCGUGGUGGAGAAUGCCAGGAUGUUUGGCAACAGGAAGGAGCUGUACCCAGUCAACUCCAUCAUCCGCUACCAGUGUAACCCAGGCUUCAUGCAGCGUCACCUGCCUGUGGUCCGCUGCUUGGCAGACGGACAGUGGGAGAAACCCCAGGUGGAAUGUAUCAACUUAGCAUUCAGCAACAGAAUACAGAGGAGAACCACCAGGAGUCGAUCAGAAUCAGCCAGCAAGCAGCUUCAUUAAGCAUGGACUGAGGGACAAGGAGUUCAUGUUUUUAGAUAGCAAUUUUAAAAGAACACGUACACUACACAAAAGCCAUGUUUAACGUACGCUGUGUCCUCCUGCAAAGACCAAAGCAAGCUUGAGAAGUCCAUGUUUGUGUUUUUUUGAAAAUGUGAUCAUUUUAAAACAGAUAAAUCAAGUGUUUUUGUUCCCAAAGAUUAUGAAAUGUUAUAAUUAUAUUUGAUUAUUUUUAUUAUUGUUUGGUUUUUAUCAGUAAUAUAAUUACAAGUUUCGGUUGGAUUGUUAUGCUGUUGAUGAGGUGAAUGUCAUUACCAUGUCCCCAACCAGACUGGAUGAAACUGUGGUGACUGCAUCAGCAGCAUCUGUCUCUCUCACAUCAAGUCCAGAACUUUCCAAGGAAAAGUCACACCAGUGGUCCAUAUUGCACUUGGUCUGGAUGGGCUGAGUUAGAUCCAUGUUCAGACAGUCUGAGAGUGUGACAGAAGCUGUCUUGGUAGUCACUAUGGGAGGAGCACUGCAUUGGCUGGUGGAUGUUCUCCAGCCAUGUCUGGUGCAGCAGAACUGAGACAGUGAAGCCUAUAACAGAGCAGCUCCUCCAACUGACAGGAAGUACAGGAAGGUACCUGAAGUCCUGUUCUGAGAAGUGUGUGAAUGUUCAAGGGAUCCUAAAGUCAAAGCUUGUUGGAUGUUUUCAGAUCUUGAAAAGUGGCUUUGAAGAUACAAAUGUCUGACUCAUUUAGGAUUUAGUGACUUAGCCCACUCUUUAGUCCACUUCUGACAAGCUGCUUUAGGAUGUAUGAAAACACCUGGCAAAAUUUCAUUUUGGAGAAAACUGCCCUAAAGAAAAAAACAUUUUAAUUUAUUUAAUCAAAGAGAAAGAAAAUGAAAAUCAACAUGCACCCUUCUAUAGUGUCUUCACCACAUACAUAAAAAUCAGUUUGGAAGAACAGAGCAAGCAAUGUGAAUACACGUCCAUUAAUUUAUUCAUUCACCUAGCAGAGGCAGUACAGUAAGCCUUGCACCCUGAGUAGGCUUCAUCCUGCAGUGUACUGAGCCUGCCAAUGUCACACAGGAGGAUCCUGCUCCAGAGAGUUCAGGCAAAGAUCAGAGAGCCUGGAUAUCAAAGCUGAAGUAGGAUUAUUAGAACAGGACUCGAGUCAGUGUAUUUCAAUUUCAGUCAGGUGUGAAACUGUAUUGUAUUCAUUUUCUGAAGAGGCUGAAGUUGAAUUAGCACUGACCUCGAAAACGUUGCAGCGUGUCGUUUUUGUGUUCUGUAAUGUCGCCAGCUUCUUUUACCUGGCUGUGCAGUGCAUAGCAUGUCGGUUGGACAGGUGUGCCUCAACAAGCUUUCAUUAAGUAACUAUAAUCUAUUUCAUUGUUGUCUCAUAUUAUCUCAGAGGAAAGGCCUAGGAUACCUUUGUAACCAUCGCAGUGCGAAUUGCUUCUAGUCCUCCAGUUGUCAUUGCUAAACCCAUGCACUUGUUUUGCCUCGUGUGUAUUUUGGAGGCUGUGCCUCCUGCAGACUAUGUGUCACCUGCUGUAUAGGAAUAUUAGAAUGAGAGAACUUCUAUUCAAGAAAUCACCACGAGACUUUAAUAGAAACAGAUCUACUUCAAACUUCACUCCCCUCAGAACAGCAAUAGAAUAUGGAUCAUAGUACUGCCAGGCCUCUUGUUGGACUCUGGUACAACAGGAGAGAUACACUGAUACUCUGUUACUAAAGCAAUAUGUGGUGUACUCCGAAUCUAUAGUCAAGAUGCAAACGGUCAAACAGAAAUGUUCAGAUAUGGCACUGAAAUCUAAUCUCUGGUUUAAGGCACUCCUGCAAAAAGCCUCAUUUCAAGGUAUGGUGUUCCCAUCAGUAGCUCUGUAGAAUGUAUCCGGAUGUGCAUAAAAUGAACAGUUUGUGCAUAAAUGUCUGUAUUCCCAAAACAUAUCAAGGAAUUCCAAAUAAAGAUACUAAUUGUUACUGGC